ACCUGCCUGCGUCGCCAGGCGUCAGCUUGCUUGCUUGCUUUUUCUUGUUGCUUGUCCACAAAAGCUCUCCUAGUCUUCUGGAAGGAAUAUAUUCUUCCUCGUCCGUGUCGUCUGCUCGUUCUUAGCAGGCGAGGGGAGCAUCAUCAAUCAGCCCAACAUCUAUUCUCGCAACCAUCUGCUUGCACACCCAGAAUACUUCGUCUCACUAUUUCUUGCCUGCCUGCCUGUGCCUGCCUCUUGCCACCACCAGAUCGUUGCGUGCAUUUCAGCCUGCUGCGCUGCUGCUGCUGCCUCCGUCACCUCCCUCCUUCUUCACAGCCCUACAGGCAGACCAACCUUCAUCCACUCGCCUUCUUUCAUCUUCGUCUUCUCUUCUCAUCUACAUACACUCCCCCCUCCAUCUCUUCAUCUCUUCUCGUGCAUCCCUGGACAAAAUUAAAUACCCUCGUCGCUUUCUUCCUUUCCUUCUUCCUGGCGUUGAUGCGCGCGCCGUCUGCUCGCUUGCAGCAUAUACCACAUACCUACCAGACAUCAUCCCUGCGCCUUUCGUCAAAGAGCUGCGGGCGGCCAACCCCCGCAUCGCCCCCCCUCACUCGACACCCUCCAUGUCGCUCCCUCCCGACUACUCGAAUGAAAUCUCCGCCCUCGACCGUGAAAUCCUAAAGAGCCAGCCGCACGACGUUCUGCAGUUCUGUGCCAACUUCUUCCUGCGCCGCCUCGAGUCCCAGCGCGCCGAAUUCCUGCUCGCCCCGCAGCAUUCCAGCCCCAAGGGUCGUGGCAUGGCCCAGAGCACCUUUCCUGGCAACAACCCCUUCGGAAAAUCAAACACCUCCGCUUUCGAGAGCAUUGAAGAAGACGACGAGAACGACGUGGUCGCUUCCCCCACCGCCUCCAGCUUCGCCCCCGCCGUCAUGGACAAGGCGCACCCCCAGCCCAUCGCCGAAGAGGAUACCUUUGGCAACUUUGGCAACUUUGCUGGCUUCUCUGGCUCUGCAGGCGCCGUCAAGCCGCCACAGUCUCAACCGCCCUCUGCUAACCCCCACGAGCCCCAGAGCUUCCCCAACAACUACAACCUCAACCGCCGCACCUCCGUCUCUGCAGAGUCGCUCAACCCCGCCUCCUCGGCCAACGACAACUGGGUCCCGCCCUUCCACCCCAAGACCGACGAGCAGCAGGCCCGCCUGAGGUCCGCCGUCGCCGGCAACUUCCUCUUCUCCCACCUGGACGACGAGCAAUCUGCCCAGGUCCUCGGCGCACUGCAGGAGAAACCCAUACCCACCAAGGGCAUCAAGGUCAUACUCCAGGGCGACGUCGGCGACUACUUCUACGUGGUCGAAAAGGGCUUGUUCGACAUCUACGUCAACCCUUCUGGCAAGUUGGAGAAUGGCCCCGACGGUCUCGGUACCAAAGUUAGCUCCGUCGGACAGGGCGGCUCCUUUGGUGAGCUGGCUCUGAUGUACAAUGCCCCUCGCGCUGCCACCGUCGUUACAGCCGAGCAGUCCACCCUCUGGGCUCUUGAUCGUGUCACCUUUCGCCGCAUCCUCAUGGACAGCGCUUUCCAGCGCCGUCGUAUGUACGAGGGCUUCCUCGAGGAGGUUCCCCUUCUCUCUUCCUUGACUCCGUACGAGCGAUCCAAAAUUGCCGAUGCUCUCGAGACAAAGAAGUUCCCGCCCGGAACCACCAUCAUCCAAGAGGGAGACGUGGGCGAAUCCUUUUAUAUCCUCGAGUCGGGUGAAGCCGACGUUUACAAGCGCGGAAACUCCAAAUCUCUCAAACGGUACCAAAAGGGCGAUUACUUUGGUGAAUUGGCGCUCCUCAAUGAUGCUCCGCGCGCCGCCUCGGUCAUCAGCACCAGCGAAGUCAAGCUCGCGACUCUCGGCAAGAAUGGGUUCCAGCGUCUACUGGGCCCUGUUGAAGGCAUCAUGAGACGGAAUGAUCCCAGCAAAGCCCAGCACUCGGAUACUGUGGACCCUUUGUCGAAGUGA